AGCCUUUAGCCUCCCGCCCGCCUCUGUCUCCCUCUCUCCGCCAGCUGCCCAGGAGUGAGCGGCUACUCCAGGACGGACUGACGGACAGACAGACUGCCCAACGCCCCAGCCUGCCAGCGUGCCCACCUGUGCUGACUUUUCCCCCUCCAGGCCUGUCACCAUGUGGCGGUGGCUCCUUGCGUCUCUGCUGGCUCUGGGUCAGACACUGCCGUUCGAACAGAAGGGCUUCUGGGACUUCACCCUGGAUGAUGGGCUGGCCAUGAUGAACGAUGAGGAGGCUUCCGGUGCUGGCACCACCUCGGGGGCCCCGGACCUCGACUCGCUCACACCCACCUUCAGCGCCAUGUGUCCAUUCGGCUGCCACUGCCACCUGCGAGUAGUUCAGUGCUCAGACCUGGGUCUGAAGACAGUGCCCAAGGAGGUCUCUCCCGACACCACAUUGCUGGACCUGCAGAACAAUGACAUCACCGAGCUGCGCAAGGACGACUUCCGAGGCCUGCAGCACCUUUACGCGCUCGUCCUGGUGAACAACAAGAUCUCCAGGAUCCACGAGAAGGCCUUCAGCCCACUGCGGAAGCUGCAGAAGCUCUACAUCUCCAAGAAUCACCUGGUGGAGAUCCCGCCCAGCCUGCCUGGCUCACUGGUGGAGCUGCGCAUCCACGACAACCGCAUCCGGAAGGUGCCCAAGGGCGUGUUCAGCGGGCUGCGCCAUGUCAACUGCAUCGAGAUGGGCGGGAACCCCCUGGAGAACAGCGGCUUUGAGCCUGGCGCCUUCGACGGCCUGAAGCUCAACUACCUGCGCAUCUCCGAGGCCAAGCUCACCGGCAUCCCCAAAGACCUCCCGGAGACACUGAACGAGCUCCACCUGGACCACAACAAGAUCCAGGCCAUUGAGCUGGAGGACCUGUUGCGCUACUCCAAGCUGUACAGGCUGGGCUUGGGCCACAACCAGAUCCGCAUGAUCGAGAACGGGAGCCUAAGCUUCCUGCCCACCCUGCGCGAGCUGCACCUGGACAACAACAAGCUGUCCCGGGUGCCUGCGGGCCUUCCGGACCUCAAGCUGCUGCAGGUGGUCUACCUGCAUACCAACAACAUCACCAAGGUGGGCGUCAAUGACUUCUGCCCCGUGGGCUUUGGGGUCAAGCGUGCCUACUACAACGGCAUCAGCCUCUUCAACAACCCAGUGCCGUACUGGGAAGUGCAGCCCGCCACCUUCCGCUGCGUCACUGACCGCCUGGCCAUCCAGUUCGGCAACUAUAAGAAGUAGAGGUGGCAGGCAUGCCCGGGGCCUGGACAGGGCCUCGGAGACACAGUGGGUGUCUGGGAGGCAGAGAAGGGGCAAGGCACACCCAACCCCUCCUACCCCAGCCCCACCCUGCCACUGCCCCAUGGCCCUCUAGCUCUCAGGGGCCCCUGUCCGGAGGAACACCACAAAGCUUUCUUUCUUCUCAUCCUGGGCCCGGUGGUGCUGAGGGCCCCUCAGCAGAGGAGACAGCCAGUGGGCCCAGUCAAACCACCCCACCCAUCUGGCACCCCGUCCUCCACCUCAUGUUCAAGCCUCUUUGGCCUGGUGUCCCCCCCAUACUCUGCCUGCAAGUUGCAAGUUCAUGGUCCUCCACUAAGCUCUCUAAUUCAUCAGCUGCCUGGAACGUUUUCUCCUCUCUCUCUCUCUCUCUCUCUCUCUCUCUCUCUCUCCCUUUCUCUCCCUCCCCUCAGCAGUCUCUCACUAUCCUCUCUUAUCCUUUAUCCAGCCUUUGUUGCUCAGUUCACUCUCUUCUCUCAAUUUCUAGUCAAUCUCUUCCUCUUUCUCACUCUCCUAUCCUCCAUCUCCAAUCUCUUCAUGUCCUCUCUCUAGUUCUCCCUCUCCAAUCUCUUCCUGACCUCUCUCUAGUCCUCCUUCUCCGAUCCUUUCCUGUCCUCUCUCUAGCUCUCCCUCUCCAAUCUCUCUCUUCAUGUCCUCUCUCUAGUCCUCCCUCUCCAACCCUUUCCUGUCCUCUCUCUAGCUCUCCCUCUCCAAUCUCUUCUUGUCUUCUCUCUAGUCCUCCCUCUCCAAUCUCUUCCUGUCUUCUCUCACACCCUAACCCUUGGCCCUGGGUUGGGUCUGGUGUGCUAUUUUUGCUGUACCUCCUUUCCCAAGCCCAUCCUGCGCAGGCCUCCACUCAAACCCAGAGCAGGGCACAAUCCUGGGGGUCCUGUACACCAGUCAGAGGGGACCACAGAGAGGGACUCAGCAUACCUGGGGUCCAAGCAUGGUUUCUCACCCCCACCUUUCCAGCUGGGGGUUCCAGUUCCCCACCCAGUUCCACAGAGGCUCCACCUCUAGGGCUCCAAGCUCCGCCCCUGGAGCCUCAGACUCUGCCUCUGGCCAUUCUAGACUUCUCCCCCGGGGCUCCGGAUCCACCCCUGAGAGAGGGCCCUCUGGCGUAUCGGUUGGUGUCUGUCAAUAAAGAAACACUGUGCAAUAA